AUGCCAUCAUUAAUAGACUGUAUUCUUCUUCGUAAUAUCAAUUACCAUGGCCGGGUGUAUGACAAGUUCCCGAAAACCUAUAAUGUCGUUGUCAUUGCGUUUGCAGCGUGCAUCACGGGUUUGAUGUUUGGUUUUGAUAUUUCUUCCAUGUCGUCGAUGAUUGGUACGGAAGUAUACUAUGAGUACUUCAACCGGCCAAGUGCUGAGGCGCAGGGUGGAAUUACGUCUGCGAUGUCUGCAGGAUCUUUUGUGGGGUCCUUGCUGUCCUCGUCCGUGUCCGAUGCGUUUGGUAGGAGAGUUUCGCUUCAUUCAUGCGGUGCUCUGUGGCUGAUUGGUUCUGUGCUGCAGUGUGCCGCGCAGAACCAGGCCAUGUUAAUUGUGGGAAGAGUGAUUUCGGGUAUGGGAAUUGGGUUUGGGUCGGCAAUUGCGCCUGUUUACUGCGCCGAAAUAGCUCCUCCUAAGAUCCGUGGUGCGAUCUGCUCUAUCUUCCAACUUUCCGUCACAAUUGGUAUCAUGAUACUGUUCUUUGUUGGGUACGGUGCUCAGCAUCUAGAAAGCACGGCUGCUUUUAGAAUCACGUGGGGAGCGCAGCUUGUUCCUGGCUUUGCUCUGGUAGCAGUGGUGUUCUUCAUCCCUGAGUCACCCAGGUGGCUGGCUGUGCGGGGAAGAUGGGACGAUGCACACAAUGUUGUGGCCAAAGUCACGGCUAAUGGGGACCUCAAGGACGAAGAUGUGCUCCUUCAAAUGGUAGAGAUCCAGGAGCAGGUUCACGCAUAUGAAGUUUCCAAGAGCUUCGGAUACCGCGAUUUAUUCAGAGGGAGCUCCUUGCGGAAAACAGUUGUGGGUGUUUCUGCACAGAUGUGGCAACAGCUCAGUGGUGUCAACGUUAUGAUGUACUACAUUGUGUACCUUUUCGAAAUGGCUGGAUUUAGUGGAAACACCAACCUGAUCUCGGCUUCCAUUCAGUACGUUUUGAAUGUAGUUAUGACCAUACCUGCGCUGCUCUUGGUGGAUAGGAUAGGUCGCAGGCCACUUUUGAUCGUCGGUGGUAUUGCAAUGUCUGCGUGCCUACUCACGGUCGCUGGUCUUUUGGGAAGAUAUUCUAUUCCAGUUGAGGAAGGAUUUCGGGGUAAUGACAGUGUCCGUAUUACAAUUCCCGAGGAAUACCGUUCUGCGGCUGUAGGCGUUAUUGCUUGUGCAUAUUUAUUCGUCUGUUCAUUUGCAUUUACAUGGGGUGUUGGUAUUUGGCUAUACUGUUCCGAGAUCUUUAAUAAUAAUGAAAGAGCCAAGGGUUCUGCCUUAUCCGCAUCCGUUAAUUGGGCUUUCAAUUUUGCAUUGGCAAUGUUCGUGCCAAGCGCCUUCAGAGACAUUACAUGGAAGACCUACAUCAUAUUUGGAGUUUUUGCAGCUUGUAUGGCAGUAUACACUUACUUACUAUUCCCCGAAACAAAGAGUCGGACUUUGGAAGAGAUUGACCAAAUGUGGGCUAGCGGUAUACCUGCAUGGAGAUCUAAAUCUUUUGUGCCCCAGAAACCACUAUUAGGCCAAGAGAAGAAACCUACUGACUUUGAAGGGGAUAUAAGCAAUGAGGAAUCUACAGAUGCUAUUAAACAAGGAAGACCUAACGAUGAAGAAGAUCGCAAAACCCCUUAA